AAUGCAGGCCGGUGUUUCAUUUGGUUGUUUAUUUAUUUCAAUCAAAAACGUUUGUUUUAACAGUGUAAUAUAAUGCGAAGCAAUAAUGUCCGAAUUAUCACAAUAUAAAAAAGUAUUUCCCAUCGAUAGUAUACAAAAAGUAUACGAAUUGUUUGAAGAACAACUACGCAGUGGCAAUGAGCCUGAUUUGUCUCUGUUUUCUAUCAUCGUCGGUGCAGUUGAGAAUAACUUAACUAAUGUUAAGAACUGCGAUAAAGAUGUAAACAUAAUUAACGUGUUGACAAAUAAGCUUGCCAAGAUUAAAUUUCCUUGCGUGGAAUGGGAGGAAGUGAAGGGUCUGCACGAGCGGUUCGUGUCUUUGAUGCGCAGCGGCGUGGACGCAAAGCUGCUGGCCGGCGAGUAUGCGACCCGCGAGCUGGUGAAGCGGGUGGCCGACGUGGUGUGGAACUCGCUGACGCGCAGCUACUACAAGGACCGCGCGCACCUGCAGUCAAUCUACAGCUUUCUCACUGGGAACAAGCUUGACUGCUUUGGCGUGGCUUUUGCCGUCACCGCGGGAUGCCAAGUGCUUGGCAAGAGGGAUGUGCACCUUGCGCUAUCUGAGGAUCAUGCUUGGGUAGUGUUUGGGAAAGACGGGACUGAAACAGCAGAGGUGACAUGGCACGGAAAAGGCAAUGAGGACAAGAGAGGCCGGUCCGUAGAAGAUGGAAUGCUGGCCCGUUCCUGGCUGUAUGUAGCGGGCAAGCCCGUGGUGUGCACCCGGCUGAUGGAGUUGGCGGCACUGGUGUCUUCCAUCAACAUCACUCUCACCCCGACCAUUGAUGUUCAUGAAGUGGCACAAAUGCAGCACAGGCUACUCUGGCUUCUUUAUGAAAAUGGAUGCCUAGACAUGUACCCAAUGGCGCUGGGUAACCUCGGUGAUUUGGACGAAUACAUGAAACUAUCAAACUGCUCCGAUCAGUCAGAAAACACACUUCCCGAAAACACCUCCAAAAGUGCCUCUAGACCGGACUCAGCUGCCUUAUACACGCAAGCGAUCCGUUCCUCAAGAACACACUAUGAGGACCGGCAUGUGUACCCGUACACGUUUCAGGGAGGGUAUUACCAUCGGCAUAAGAUGUACAAGGAAGCGUUUCACGCUUGGGCGUGUGCCGGUGACGUCAUUCGUCAUUACAACUAUUCUCGGGACGAUGAAGAAAUCUACAAGGAAUUUUCAGAAAUCGCCAACGAGCUAAUACCCCAGUUAAUGAAGGUUGAGAGCUCAGGACAUUCGGCGCGGUCGAUUCUUAAAGAUCCGGAAUGUUUUGCUUCCCUUUUAAGAUUUUACGACGGAAUAUGUAAAUGGGAAGAGGGUAGCCAGACGCCCAUCCUGCACAUAGGCUGGGCAAAGCCGCUGGUCAGCACCAUAUCCAAAUUCGACGCCGAAGUUCGAGCGCAGGUCCACAUCAUAUGCAGCCUCGACGACUCCGACAAAUCCGAGUCCGAGAGCAAAGAGGAGGAGAACAAAUGGAACAACAACUCGGAAAGCGGGGAGCUAACCGUCCGGGAGCAAUUGACCGCGGCCGUCAACAGCCGACCACGAGUUACCCUGCACAGUCACAAGAUGGCGGCACUGCAGCCGUUGCUGCUAGCUGAGCGGUUGAACACGCAUGCGCUGCAGCUGCAGCUAACCGCGCAGAGUCAGCUGCAGCGGCCGCAGGCGCCCGCGAAGCGACGCGACGAUGAUGACGCUAACACGAGUCGCGCUAAGCGCGCCAGGCGCGAGCGCUGAGCGGCUACAUCGUUCAUGUAAGUUACAUAGGGGCCUUGGUUUCCGCUUGAUGCCGUAUGUUAGGGUCGGUUGCACCAAACUGUUUGUAAUCGUUAAGGGGAUCCCAUGCCCCAAUGACCUUCGAUCUGAAUCCCUUAGUUUUCUAAUGUUAUUUGUAGCUUAUAAGAUUAACAGCAACGGCUUUAAGCAAUAUAGUAUCCCAUAUUAACUUCAAAGUUCAUUGUUUUCAUCAGAGAUAUUACGCAUCAGUUGAACAAUUUUAGACAAAAAAAAACUGGUUUUCGGGCCAUAACUUUUGUGCUGAUUAGUGUAAAAUAAAAACCUUAGACAAAUUUUUUAGACGUCAAAGACGAACCCAAAUAUGUAGAUUUCGAAUAUGUGAGAUCUUUCACAGCAAUCGAGAUACGAAGAAAGUGUUUUUUUAGACAAUAAAAAAAAGUAUUCAAUUCUUUCAAAAUCCGGUAGACAAAAAUGGAGAUAAAAGAUUGAAGAACCGAUAGCCGUUUGUCUUAUAAUUCUAUAUGUAGUGCAAAAGUAGGAGAUACAAUUCAAAACUUGUCAAAAAUCAAUGAAAACCUCGGGUAACCCCUUAAAAGUUCGCUAAAUUUUAUUGUAUGUAAAGUUUCAUAGUAAACCGCCGCGGCGCGCCGUGUGACGUUGAUCAGUCUGGCAAGUGCGGGUGCAACUGGCACUUAAACUGUUAUGGCGUUUUUCAUAAACGCGUUAUUGGCCUGAAUUAGCUAUGAAUCGUUUGUCUUUAUCUGUCAUUUUGACUUAUAAAUUUGGACUGAUAAACAUAAACAUUUGUUCCCAAAGUUGUUCAUAGAUGGCAGCAUCAGUCUCUCUCGCUAUAUCGUAAUUCCGUAAGGAAUUCGUAUAGGAGGUGCAAGCGCGCACUACUUGCCCUUAGAGUUGGUCAAAGACGCCUAGUCUUACUAAGAUGGUAUUUAGUCGAGAAAUUGGGACGGGUACCGCCGUGGCGAGGUGGCCUAGGGGUUCAUGGCGUUAGCCGCGAUAGCUAAAGAUGCCGGUUCGAAUCCGGCCUUCACCACUGGAGGGCUUCGUCACUUUUUCUUUAAUAUAUGACAUCUAUUACAGUUUAUGAUAAAACAUAAUUUAAUUUAAUCAGGCCCGUAAAGUUUUAUGAAUAAGGGGUUAGUUUUUAAACUGAGCUCGUCUCGAGAAACCAUUCACUAAAAUUCAAACAGUUCACGCGCCUUCUUAGCGCAUGCCCACCACAAGCUACAUCUGAUCUGAUUCAUGAUGAUUGAUUAUGAAUCUACUGGCAAAAGCCAUAAAGUCGAUAAUUAAUAAAUAUUGAACCGGUUUGCUGUUCUGAAUAUAAGUGGAUAGUCUCGAGACGAGCUUAUAGUUUUAAUAAUAAGAAUUAUACCACACUGUACAAAUGGUAAACGUUAUUGAAAAGACAUAAGAUCAGUUAAGAGGGCGCGUAAAGCCAGUAAAUUAGAAGGAAACAAAAGAUAUGGCACGCCGCGCGAAACUUGCGACGGAAGAUAUGGCGUCAACCGAGACCAACGCCUUCUACACGCUAUGUCAGCUACGUGUGAGCGUUUCUUUUCUUGUUAUCUGUAAAAAUAAAGGAGUUAGACUAAGAUAAGUCUGCAACGGUUUUGAUAGCACACGCAGUGAAAUAAGUGUUGAUUUAAACGUCAAGCUUCUAUGAAAUUUUAUGACACUUGCACUGCGUAUUCUAUCAAAAUCGUUGCAGACUUUUCAUGGACUAACUCUAACUAGGUUGUAUUUUUAACAUUCAU